UGGGAUCCUUCCCCAUCAAACAAAAGUUUUGUCUAUAAAAAUCUUGUCUUGUGAUUCACAGUAUCAUCCACAACUCAAACCUAGUUUGUUCUUUUAGCUAUGGAUUCCUGUAAAGCCAAAACUCACAAUUUCUUUGCAUGCCUCACACUAUUUUUUGUCAUCUUUGUCACAUUAAGCCAAUCCCACGCAAAAGAAACCCAGCUCGAAGAUAGCCUUCAAGUUAAUCAGUUUUUGAACAAAAUACAAAAAUGGAGGAGUGAUCGAGAUUUCAAAUCGGAAGUAAGAACUUCUACAGUUAUAGCAGGAGUUUUAUGUUUUAUAGCUUCGUCUAUAUCAAGUGCAGGGGGGAUUGGUGGCGGUGGUCUUUUUAUAUCAAUAUUAACCAUAGUGGCUGGUUUGGAACUUAAAACUGCCACAAGUUUCUCAGCUUUUAUGGUCACUGGAGGUUCAAUUGCAAACGUUAUGUACAAUAUGUUAACUAUAAGUUCAAAGUUUGGUGGUAAGAAUUUGACUGAUUAUGAUAUAGCUCUUCUAUCUGAGCCAUGCAUGCUACUUGGAGUGAGUAUUGGAGUGAUUUGGAAUCAGGUUUGCCCAGAGUGGCUGGUUACUCUUUUGUUUGCUGUUUUCCUUGCUUGGUCUACCUAUAAGACUUUCAGAAAUGGCUUGGUGCAUUGGAAAUCUGAAUCAGAAAGUGUAAAUCGAUGUGGAGGGUUGAAGGAUGAGAGUUAUGAUGAAAUAUGCAAAGAGCCCUUGUUGAACAAGGAAAAAAUUAACAAUAUCAAAGUGAAAUUUCCAUGGAUGAAACUGGGUGUCUUGAUUAUGAUCUGGCUUUCUUUCUUCUUUCUGUAUCUUCUUCGUGGCAAUCGUUACAGACAGGGUAUUAUAAAAGUGAAGCCUUGUGGAGUGGGAUAUUGGAUAAUUUCCUCACUCCAAAUUCCUGUUUCUAUGGCUUUCACGGGAUGGAUCCUCUGCAGAAAAGACUGGAGCCAAAAUAAAGUUCCAGACCAUCAGGACAUUGAAGAUUUAACUAGCAGUGGACCGUCAAACAAGCUUAUGUUCCCAUUAAUGGCACUUAUUGCUGGGAUCUUGGGGGGACUUUUUGGAAUUGGAGGUGGUAUGCUCAUAAGCCCACUUCUUCUUCAUGUUGGGAUAGCACCUGAGGUAACAGCGGCGACUUGUUCGUUCAUGGUUUUCUUCUCGUCUACCAUGUCAGCAUUCCAGUACUUGCUACUGGGCAUGCAGCACGUAGGCAGCGCCCUCAUCUUUGCCAUCAUUUGUUUUGUUGGAUCAGUUCUUGGUUUACUGGUGGUACAGAGAUUUAUACAGAAAUCUGGGAGGGCUUCACUGAUCAUAUUUUCAGUCAGUAUAGUUAUGGCGUUAAGUGCUAUUUUGAUGACCAGCUUUGGAGCUUUUGAUGUUUGGAGAGAUUACACAUCUAGGAAAUAUAUGGGGUUCAAACUACCCUGUUAAAUACAACUUUGUACUAUAGACUAUAUAAAUAUAUGGACACUAGCUGAAAUUUCAGGUUGCAAAAUCAUGUUCUAUAUAUUUAUAAAGCCUACGGUACAAAGUUGUAGAUAAUCAAAUUUAGAAAGAGGUUCAUUUACUUGUAGGUAAGAAGAAACAGAAAGCUCUGGGGUUUUUGUUUGUUUAAGAUUUAAACUUCUUGCUGCAAAAAGUAUUAACACAAUGCACAAUGAUGAUCAAGGAAAUAGAGAAAUUUCCCAGGUUGCUGAGAUUGCUUGAUGACCUUGUUGAUAAAACAAGGAAGAAUGCGGAAACCUUUGCUGAAAAUCUGAAUGUCUGAUGGAUAUUUUUGUUUUUUUUUCCAGAAAACGGAUGUGGGAAGAAGAUGCGUGAGUUCCUCACGCUUGAUGUUUAUUUUAUUAAGCAUGUUUGAUAUGCACGAGUUAGAGCGAGUUCAACUCAAUACGAUUUGUGAGUCGGAUAGAUAA